ACGGCUGGAGAGAGGAGGAAAGAAAGAAAGGACGCGAGAGGAAGGAAGGAAGGAAGAGAGGAAGGAGCUGUGAUGAAUUCAGCCUCGGUAGUCUUGGCGCCAAUCCGACUUAAAGAGAAAUAAAAAAGGGUUUCUUUUCUCAAACCUUCGACUCCCGCCGCUGCUUGAGCAUCCAGCGGUCGGCGUUAACAUCUAUCCAGGCUUGUUAGCACACUAUCUCCCUCUCCUUGUCACACUAAUCUGGUUCCUUUUAACGGCCGGAGUCAAGAUACUAACCGGGACAAUAGAGGCGUGUUUCUCCGGGGACAAGACACCGCUACAAAAUGGGGAGAAAGUCGAACAGAGCGAAGGAGAAGAAAGCCCGGCGUCUGGAGGAGAGGGCAGCCAUGGACGCUGUGUGCGCCAAGGUGGACGCAGCCAAUAAGCUUGAAGAUCCGCUGGCUGCAUUUCCGGCCUUCAAAAAGUACGACAGAAACGGGCUGAACCUGCAGAUCGAGUGCAAGAGGGUGACCUCUCUCAACCCUCUGGCUGUGGAGUGGGCCUUCGAGCUCACCAGAGCCAACAUGCAGCCAUUAUACGAGCAGAGCGAGUGGGGAUGGAAGGAGAGGGAAAAGAGGGAGGAGAUGAACGACGAGAGGGCGUGGUACCUGCUGGCACGCGAUGCCGACUCCACCCCCGUGGCCUUCUCUCACUUCAGAUUCGACGUGGAGUGUGGGGAGGAGGUUCUGUACUGCUACGAGGUUCAGUUAGAGAGCAAAGUCCGAAGGAAAGGGCUGGGCAAGUUUCUCAUUCAGAUACUACAGCUCAUCGCUAACAGCACACAGAUGAAGAAAGUGAUGUUGACGGUCUUCAAACACAACCACGGGGCGUACCAGUUCUUCAGAGAAGCGUUGCAGUUUGAGAUUGAUGAGACCUCUCCGAGCAUGUCCGGUUGCUGUGGCGACGACUGCUCCUAUGAGAUCCUGAGCAGGCGGACCAAACACGGCGAGGCCUCGGCGGGGCACACCCACGGCGGCAGCCACUGUGGCGGCUGCUGCCACUGAUCAGCUGCCGCUCCUCCUUCGUGGUCGAUCAGUUAGAAGCCAGCAACUUUCACGGCUGAGUGUGAAUGACGGAGAGUUCAGAGAGCGUCUGACAUUACCCACCGGUGGUUCCAGGAGCAGCUGUUUUAUGUACUUGUUUAUUCCCGCUACAACGGCAGGAUGCAAGGCGAGCUCUCACGUCGCUACUUUCUUCUAUCUUUGACUCUUUUUAUUUUUAUUUUUUCAUUCCUGGUUACAAACAUGAGAGCUGAGGCUUGUGUGCUACUCGAAUGAACCAUUUCACUUCCUGAUCUGUAGUUUAACUCCCACAACUGGCUGCUGGUUCUGUUUCUGAAAUAUAACCCAGGUUGUUUUUUUUCUUGGAGUAGUCAGUCCUUAGUGCCCUAAAGCCAGAUCCAAGAAGAGCGUUUUCCUCGGUUUGAGUCAUACAACCUUGCACUGAGAACAUUGGUAGAUUUCUCGGAAACAGUCAUGAUCUUAGGCUGCAUUUGAGCCCCUUAAAACCUCCCCAGGAAACCCUGUUUUCCUUUAACUCACAUUCCAUCCCCCCUCUGCGGAUGUAAACCCUGAACAUUGCUGUAAACGCUGCUGUGGCUGCGUUAACCCUUAGCUUUACUCCUGACAGCACAUUUAAACCUUUCUCCUCCUCUCACCCCGCCAUCUUUGUCUCUACGCUUCUCUGAGCGAUCAAACGCCCGUCGUUCCUGUAGUAACUGCAGCCACCUCUGCCUCUGUGCCUGAAGGCGCUCCGGUUUCGACUCACCUUUUCAGGCUUGCGUAACUCGCCUCGUUUCUCAAAAGCACCAACAUCAGUGUUGAUUCUGCUUUUAGCAGCAUUUAAACCUCGCCUUCUCUCCGUUUUCACGGCCAGAUGAAUCUGAUAAAAACGAGGACCAGUAGAGAGAAACCAGAAUUUCACAUUCCUUCUGAUGGUUUAUAGUGAAACUGAUCAUCUGGGCCUGAAAGCAGAUCUAAAAUAUACCCUAAAAAUCUGAUUCAUCAGCUGAAACCAGUCUAAGGUGGGUGUACAGCUGCCACCUGUUGUGUUUUAAACCCUGGGGCGGAUAGUUUCAGACAUCGGUACAGAAGUUUCUACCUUCGGACAGAUCCAGAUUCAUUUAUAGAUCCCGUUUUGAAUGAGUUAGAAGCCCCUUUGCUUCAUUUCCCCCCGAAAACUAUUAGUUUUCAGGUCUGAGUUUGUUUUGUAGCACUGCAGGCUGGCGGGUCUUCGUUUUGUACGUUUUAAGUAGUUUUUUUAGUGGUCAUAAUAAAAGAUCAUGUUUGGUUUAAUGUAAGAACCAGUAGUGCAGAAUAACACGCCAUGUCUCACAAGAAACCUCGAUAGCCGAGUCAGGAUUUGUGGCUGAAGGUUUCUGGGGACUUGGGUCUGUUUUUCACAGAUCAGGAUUAAACAAAAACUGGUUUUCGGGUCGGGCUACCUGCUCAUUAGUACAAUAUUUCAUGUUUUGUACGGUCACCAUUAAGAUGCUGUUGUAGAUGGUGAUGGUAACUAAAUCAACGGACAGAUUCUCUCUCAGGUCGACCAUUUUCCAUCCCCAUCUGUCGUUUUAACGACCGCCGUCGGCCGGGUCUGACGGCUCUGACCCAUGGCUGGUUUCAUAUGUAAAAAUAAAACACAAUAGUGAAAACACUGAAAUCACUGUAAGUAACUUGUUUAAUUAUUUCCUUAUAGGUUUCAACCAGUUCCUUUAAAAAUGUGACUUUGCAUGAAUUUAAGAAAUCAAUUCUGAUCUGGCUUUAAAUCUGCUCAGUGAUGACGUUUAAUUCAGAUGGGACGGGCUGUGAUAUUUUAUUUAGUUUUUUUCGGUUUUAGGAACGAUUUUGUAAAAAAAAAAAAAAAAAAAAAAAAGCUGCAAAGUGGGUUUAAACUGGGCCAGUUUAUUUAGAAGCCAGUGAGUAAUUUGUUUUCAUAAGUUGUUCUAAAACCUCUCAUGUCAGAUCCUACUCAUUUUCCCUUCUUUGUAUAUAAAUAUAAAUAUAUAUAAGCUGUUGUGGAUCCAUCUUUUCCUUGGCCUUUUACAGGCAACACACUUUUUUAAACAUGUGGAAUUAAAGGAAACUCCAUGUUUGAGCGUGAGUGUUAAUGGUUCUUUUCGUAAGUGACAAUGAAAGGGAAGUCAUUCUGCCUUGUCAGUGUUUUAUUUGUAUGUUACAAAUAAAAGAAAGUUGUCUGACUACACAAA